AUGCUGAUCAGAGGCCCUCUGAUAUGCCGCGCAGACGCUUCGGCGGAUGGAGAAAUGGAAGAGACUGCGUCGCCGAUGGAAGCCGCAUCGAACGACGUAGCCACCACCUCAACCACUACCAGCAUCACCAUCACCCCUCCUCCUGCUGCGAGACACGGCGUACCGAGAGCGGUAGCGUCAGCUCUAGAAGACCUCGACAGCGGCCGGCAGCACCAUCAUCAGGAUUCGAAGAAGGCGCUGGAGUGGGAGCGAGUGCAUCGAAAGGACAGGGAGCAGCUCGAGCUGCUCAAGCGCAAGCUCGAGGAAGAGGAGCGCAGAGCGAGGAACAGGGAGAAAAAGAGUCGCGAGGAGAAGCGCGAGUGGGAGGAAGAGAGCAUCAACCUGCAGCUGGAGAACUGUCUGCUGAAAGAGAAGCUCUUGACGCUCGACGAGGAGCUGAGGGCGAACUCGCAAGGAACCACCACCGUCUCCGCCUUCAGCGCCAAGCGAAAGCGGCAUGACGAGGCCGAACUGGUCGGCCAGGACCUCACCGACGAGAUGGACGCCGCGGAGAAGCGCAGAAAGACGACGGAGGCCCACGAAGGCGGUGACGCCGCCGCAGCGGAUGGCCAGAAAGCACUCCUUCCGGCGCUGCCCGCACCGGCCCACGUAUCCGCUGACAAGUCGUCCGCUUCUUCUUCGUCAUCGUCGACCGAGCCGACCGAUCUCUGGGCCCUGCUGUGCGCCCUCGAGGGGCACCUGCGGUCGCUCGUGCACGACCAGAAGGCCAUAGCGACACAUCAGCGCGUCCUUCUGGACAUGGCCAGCACGGUGGUCGCUACAAGCGCCGCCGACGUCACGACCGCGACCGCAGCCGACGUCGACACAGCCGCCGACAGCCUGAUAAGCACUGGUGGCAGCGAAGCCGACGUUGCCGCGCCCACCGCAGAGAGCUCCACGCCGGCAGAGAUGAUGGAAGUGGAAGGCGAAGGAAAAGACCACGCCGCUCCGGUUCUGGACGAAACCGACAAGGAGACCCGCGCCACCGUCAAUGAGACGGCGCUCAUUGCCACGAGCGAGCAGAUGGAGACGGCCGGCCCCGAACAAGCGGUCGAGCCACCCCAACAAGGCGAGACCGAGAGCGUGGCCGCCAGCGAGCCUCCGCCCGUACAAAAGUCCGAAGAGGAUCCGCAGCCCAGCCUCUGA